CUUCCUCUUUGAAUUCAGUUGUCAAAUUAUAUUUCAUCUUAUAGCACGCGAACGCAAAAGGAGGUAUGGUAUUCGUCAACCGCGAAAUUCAACAAACAUAAUGACAAAUAUGAAUCUUGAAAUGCAGCCUGACCUGAAGUGUUCAGGGAUUAACAAGCAAGCGUUUCAGCUGAAAAAUUCCAGGAGAGAUGGGUUAAUCCUGCAAGUACAUCAUACCAUUCCCACAGAUAGUGGUGAGAUACACCGUGUUCGAUUCCUGCAUAUGGCAUUUAAUGAAACCGGAGAGAUACUGGCAGCUUCUGACCACAGGGGCAAUGUUUUCAUUAUUGACUUGGCAAAUGAAAAGUUUUGGCUGCUGCCAAAUUUAGGUUCUUGCACUGUGAUUGCCUUCCCACCCACAAAGAAGAAUGAGCUGCUUUUUGGAACUGUGAACUCUUCUGUACACCUCUUGAAUAUAGAAUUAGGGACCCUGACAGGAACAUUGGACGGGCACACAGUUGCUCCCACGCAGGCCACUUUCUCUUCAACUGGCCAGUACUGCAUCACAACUGCAGCACAUGAGGCACUGAUUUGGGACUUGAACUCCAACACUCUAGCUCACCAGCUGUCUCUUCAGACAAAUGUUGUUGUGAAACAGGUUAUUUUCAUGCCUGUUUCGGACAAUAUAUUGGCAUGCUUUCAAGACGAUGCCAUAUAUAUAUGGAAAUUUGACACCUUUGACUACAUUAAGCAGAUUGUACCAGAUAUGUGGGAAAGUCAUCAUGUGAAAUCUAUUGCAUUUACUAGGAAUGGGAGAGCGAUGGUGAUUGGAGGACAUUCUCCAGUAUUGGUUGUGUUCUGUCUUGAUGCUUGGUCUGUGAAGAAAGUAAUUAAACUUCCAGAGGAUGUGUCAGGUGUUCGGCACAUUGAAUUUGUGCCCCAGCUCUUUGAUGCUGGUGCAAAUAAAAUACUGGGAUUGCUGUCUUCACAUUGUACGCUUUAUUUCCUGGAUGUUGAAUCAUCCUUAUUUCUAAAGAAUGUGUUUGAGCCUCAGAAAAAUAUUAGCAAGUUUACAGUUAGUUGCAAUGGGAAGUACGUUGCAUGCAUUCUGCAAUCUGGUGAGGUAAAUAUGUAUCGAAGCUCUCAACUGUUAGAGGCACAGUCUUCUGGAGAACCCAUGUUGACAGAAGAAGCUCGUUCUGUCGAACAGGUUGAUGUGGAGCCAGAGAAGAAAAUGGCUACUCCCCAUAGAGUCAGAGACUCUUUCAAACAAAACCUCCUCAAAGUUCAUGAACAGAUUAAAGAAACUCUGGAUUUGAGUCGCUUACGGCCUAUCCUAAAGGAAUUUGGGGAAUACCCGGACUCUUACCGACCUCUCAUUUGGAGAACUAUCUUACAAACACCUUGUAACAAGGCAGCAUAUAUGAAUCUUGUCAAACGAGAAGUCCAUCCAGCAUACCUGCAUCUUGAAGAACAGUACCCAUUAGAAAACAGAAGUGUCUUGAAGAAUCUGAGAAGAUUGUUAUCCUGUUUGGCUCAUUGGUCCUCACUAUUCUCUGAGGUGAAAUUCCUGCCUCUAUUUGUGUUUCCCUUUGUGAAAGUUUUCCAGAAUGAUCCAUUUGUGUGUUUUGAAGCUGUUACCACAAUCAUAUUGAACUGGUGUCAGUAUUGGUUUGAGUACUUCCCUUUUCCACCGAUAAAUGUGUUGUCGAUGAUUGAGAAUGUUCUUGCUGAACACGAUUCAGAACUUCUGGAAUUUUACUAUGGAGCCAGGGUUAAAACAGAUCUGUAUGCAUGGACUCUGCUUGAGGUGGCAUUUUCAGAGGUGCUGUGUAGGUCAGAUUGGUUGUGUCUGUGGGACCAUGUCUUAUCCAAUGAACCAUCCUUUCUGUUAAUGGCUGUUGUGGCAUAUAACAUUAUAUAUCGUAGAACAAUCAUGUCCUGUCGGGUACAUGAUGAUUUUGAGUAUUUCUUUCACAAUCAGAAUCCAGUAGACAUGAAGCGGUUUAUAUCAAAGACAUACAUGUUAUGCAAUAAGACCAGGAAGGAAGUUCAUCCAAGACAGUACCUCUCAGCAUUCAAACCUCUUGAGAAGAAUUCAUAUCCAGUGUUUAAUCAGUACCCAAAGUUUAUAAUUGAUUACAAGGCUCAGCAAAUGGAUCAGCUUCAUAAAGAGGAGCAAAAUAUUUUGAAGGAAUACCAGACAGCAAUGAAGCAAAAAGCUGAACAGGAGAAAAGGAUGCGUGAAGCAAUACACACUGAAAUACAAGAAGAACGCCUGAAAGAACUUGAGCAAGUAUACCAGGAGACACUUCGUAAAGAAAAAGAGCGAUUGGCUGAACAGCAGCAGAAAGUACAGGCUGUCCGACAGACUUUGAGGGCCCGUGAACUGGAGCUGUUGAAUGCUACCAGGGAUAGACUGAUGAGGCAGAAUGUACGACAGAGACAUGUGGCUCUCAAUCAGCUGCUUGAUGACAUUGAACGGAAGAGGGCACAAGAGAAGACAGAAAUAGCUGCAGCAAAGGAAGAGAUUCAGCGGCACUAUCUGGAAUUGCUGUCUCAUCAACACGAUCUGGAACAGAAGCUAGAGAGUACAUAUAGUGCUGUGCUGCCACCUUCUGUGGAGCAUCAUGCGUUGCGACAACAGCAAGAACAGCUGGCAAGUGAGCUCAGGAAGUUACGGACUGAAGCUGCUUCAGAACAUCAUGCAAAACAGGUGGACAUUACAACUCGUUUAGCUGUGAUGGAUGAAUUGUUACAGAAGGUUGACAUGAAAUUAGCCAAGGAAAUGGCAGAGACACAGCAUGAUUUCCAGCCUGGACAAAACAAUAUCAAGGGAUUGCAGCUUGAAAGAGGGAUUAAGAAACUGGAGCAAGAAGUGGAGCACCUGCUGGAGCAGAUGGCUGAAUUACACCAACAAGAAGGAACAGCUCGGUUGCAUGAGGAGGCAGAGAGUCAGGCAGACUGGCGGACACUCAACACAGAGCAAGAAGAAUUUGUCCGCCUGAAGCACCAUGACUCACCACUGAAUGUGGUUCAUGCAAGGUGGGAUGAACAACCAGACAAGCUCGGACAGCAAAAGGGGAAUGGGAAGCCAAAACAGCAAAUGAGGAUUGUGCCUUCAGGAGCUGAAAUGUCAUUUUACAUCCCUGUGCGGAGUGAUGAAUUCUACAGACAGGAACUGGGUGCAGUGAAAGCUGCAAUGGAUGUUAGGGACCAGAUAGUGUCAGAGUCAACUUUCCGGUAAAGCAUAUUUCAGGAAACAAGAUUCCUAUUUUGAGAAAUCAGAGGUUCAACUGCCAUUCAUUGAAGUAUAGGGAAGAUUUUGAAUGACGAAAUUUGAAUUAACUCUCCAAAUAUGAGCUAACUUUUCAAAGUAUUGGCCACAGCUUAUUUACUUUCUAAGUCAGCUUUCUGGCACCAGAGUUCAUUCAAGUGUACCCACCUCAGAUCUUCAUUCUACAUAUAAAUGUAUUAGUUAUUACUGAAACCAGCAGAUUUCCAUAUGGAAAUAUUACGCUCACUACAGUAAAAUUUUCAAUCUUUGUGCUUGAAGUUACUGAACCAUAAAUUUGUGACUAGAACUGAACCCUAACAAGCUAGGCUUAUCACUUUUCAAGUAUAACUGAAUUUUGUGUUUUUCUUGCCUUGUUAAUUGGGCUAUAGUAUGGACGGAUAUAAAAGUAUAUCAUGAACAUGGCAUAUUCAUUUAGAUUAUUAUUCCUGAAACAUCUGUUCACAUUUUGAAGAAAAGUUUAUUGGACCUGAUAUUACAAUUACAGAUAUCACAGAUAUAUACACAUACACACCAUAGAAAGCAAGUUCAUGAAUUAGGAUACAGGCAAUGCAUAUGGGAAUCAUUUUCAGGUUAUGUUUAAAAGAACAUAUUCUUCUGCAUAGUGUAAAUGCUUAAGUGCUCUUUGCUUGGUGAAUCUUUACUGUAGCUCACAUUAAUACACUUAAAGCUUAUAUAUAUAUGUAAGAUUUGAGGCUUUCACGGCGGUGAUUAUGAAGAAAGCAG